AUGGUAAAUCUACGUAGACGGAUGUUAUUCGUUGCAUUCGCCAUGUUGGUGCCUUUGCUGUUCACUGUGUUGAACAUUGAUAAGGGAAUAGAAAUAACGCACAUCGGGGUUGGUCAGAAUAGUGAUAUUGCCCUCAAUGGCAGAUACGGCGAGUUUAGGGAUGACACUAUGAAAGUUGGAUUUGACAUUGCUGGACACACAAACAGAAUUGCUGCAGAUGCACCUGGGUACGAACACAGCACCAGUGACAAUCGCGCAGCAGUUGACAGGGUGGACAAGCUAACACGAAACAGACAAGCCAACAGUAGCAAUGCCACAAUUAUGAAAAGGGGGCAUGCGAUGGUUCCGAGUGUUGUGGGUGAGUCUGAACACUCGCAGCACACGUCACUAAAGCAGCUGGACGUCAGAGCAUUUGAUGAUGAUACAAUUAUUCCUUCAUUAGUCGAUAACUCUUCUUACAUGACCAAUCAGGAAUCAUUAUCGCAUGAGAUCACAAAUAGUUCUAAUGCUUUCAAAAAACAGGUUGAUCCGAGAGGAAAUCCUGGCAUAACCCUCAUUCGGAAUGUUGAUUUGCCAAGUGGGCAAAACAAUCUGAAACAAAAUCAAGAUAUUCACAGAAAGAAAGAGAAUGGCGGUGGUCAUGGAUACAAGAGAAAAAAUGAUACAAGUAGAGAAGUUUUUGGCGUUGGAAAAGUAGACAAUAAUCUCCAUGCAGAAGAACACGCUUCUAGGGCGGAAUUGUUGGACUCGGGUGUGAAUAACGAUCACACCGCCAGACAAAUUGAUAAUUUACAUGAGUAUAAUAAAGAAAGGUGGGGAAAACAACAGAAAGGUCGUGUGUACAGAUUAAGUGAAACUCAACCGUAUUCCGUGAAUUGGUGGGACUUGAUUACAGAGGGCGAAUUCAAAAUCCUCGUUGAUGAGUUCGCAAAUAAGGAUCUUCGUUUUGGAGAUGAGUAUCCAGAGUGGUUUAGUCGUACAGAUAUAAUUUGCAUGGAAAAGCUGUCUACAAAUGAUGUCAUUGAUGCUUUUGUGAAAAAAGAUCACCCACGACUGCGUUUGUUGGUAUUCAAUAACACGGGUAGUGACCGACUAUUGUCGUUUAAAAGAUGCACGGACCAGUGCGGUAUACAGAAGAGUACGAGGGACUGGUUCGAGAUUGUUUCAUUUCACCUGGAUCGUGUGAUCGGCUUGAAACGAGCAUUGCCGGCAGUGGCUCGCAUUAUCACCGCCAAACCAGGUUCGGGCUUGUCGAUGGACACACGUUUCAGCGAUGGGUUGCCACGACCCGUUAUUUGGUGGGACCCUGAUAUCAAGCAUGGCGGAGAGUUCAUGUUUGAUCAGAAUUCGCUUGAUUUAAGCUGGACGGACUACCAGAGAGAGUUGCGGUAUAAAUGUAACUCACAGACAAAAACGUUGCGUGAUUAUCAUUGCCGAACCAAGAUUAUGAACAUCGAGUGGAGUAAACUGGCGAUGUUUGAUUUUAUUUUGCAGAUUCACGAUCGAUUAGACAGAAACUGUUGUGGAUAUGACAGAGAUGAAGGUGAAAAUUGCGAUUGGAGGCACGACGGUUGUGAUGACAUAAACAAACAGUUCCUGGUCCAUAUCAUGGUUCAUAAAUAUAGUGUAUCAAGAUUAGUCUUCAUCGACAAUGCUGGCAACCACAAACGAAGUAGGGACCAUUUGAAUUAUAGACAUUUAAAAGGAAUAACAGAAUUUCCGGAGAACUCUAUAAAUAUUCUAAGAUCUGGCAAGUUUAGAGAAAUGAUGAAGCGUUCACUCACUAUUGACCGUUGGUUCUGGAUUGCAGUCGGUGGAGAAGACGGAGUUGACACAAUUAUUGAUAUUCUUGAGGAACGAGUGAAGGCCUUGUUAGACUAUAUUGAUUCGAAUGAAAAUAUACAGAUAGUGUCUGAUUACUGAGGUUGGGAGAAGGAAGUAACAUCAUUUAUAGUCACCAAAUUAAAUUUGAUUAUCCAACAAAGAUUGUUUUUUUGCUUUUCUGUUAACCUAGAUAACAAUUACUAUAGUGGCACAGUCAGCUGGUAUGCAUGCAAUAAGAUUAAUUCAUUGAUAUUUACUAUACUGGGGCCAACAUCUUGAAUAUGGCUUAAAUCUUUAAGAAACAAGUUGAUAAACAGGUUUUCCUACAAAAUCUCACACAGCCAAACAAUUUUCUUGAAUAACAUUAAAGCUAUCGCUAAUGAAAUAUGACCAUAAUCCUUAGCAACACCUCACUUUACAGGAAGAAUUUGCAUUUUCCUUUAAGCCAAGAUUCUUGUUCAACUGUAAGGCCGCCCACAAAUUGCCUCCUGAUUUGGAUGACGAUUUUGGUUUCUCCCGUAUAUUGAGUAUCAGCAAAUUAAUUUCAUUUAAUAUCAUUUUACGAUACGUAACUGUACAUCAUUAUGUUAAGUAUCGAUACUACUAAUAAUUAAUUGUAGACAUAUUUUUGAUA